AUGAACAGUCUUAUCACUAACAACGGCAACGAGCGCCGGGCACAUCGCCCAGCCAACGAGGGCAAAAAACAGAAAACUCGACCACUUGACCCCUGGGUGACCCGUAUGAGGGCCCAAUGGGUCGAGGAAAACAUAACAGAGUCCGUCAAAGCCCCGAACUCCCUGUUGGGAGCCGUAAUCGGUCCUGGAGGUUCCAUUGUCAAGGAGCUACAAGACUGUUUCAAGGUUAGGGUACUAGUUCCUCGCAAGGGAGCCGGGGACGAGCCCAUUCUCAUUGAGGGCAAAAACAAAAACCAAGUUAGAGACGCAGCUCUCCGCGUCAAACAACUCAUCCAGAACGAAGAGGAGCGGCGCCGGGUUAACACUCCGGUUAGUCGGAGUUUAAGCAUCCCCAAGGCCUAUCACAGCAAAAUUAUCGGGUUCCAAGGCCAAAACAUCCGGCACCUGACUUCAUCACUGAAAAUACACAUUAUGGUUCCUCAUAAAUAUGAUAAAAGUGAGCUGAUCACCCUCACAGGUCUUCCUCAACAGGUGGACCAAGGGGUCAACGAGGUAUACGAUCUGAUGAAAAAAUUAUUCCUCAAAAGGUGA